CUACAAAUAAAUAGAGCAAUCGUUGUGAGAUGUCGUUGUGAGAUGUCGUUGUGUGUCGACUAUUCAUCAGCUGAUACGCUCCGCGCUGUGACAUUACAUCGCGAUUAGUAGUUCUGAUUUAAUUAAAAUUUCGUGUCGUCUGCAAGGAGGACAUUUACACAACAGCAGCAAACAUGUCGACCGACGUAAACAUGCAGGCUGAGAAGCACAAUGAAGAAGCGAGUGUCGAUAAGAUCGAAGAAGAAGAGGGCAGAUCGUCUAAAGACAUGCAUGCGCAAAACGGCAGUCCCGUUUAUGGGGGCUGUGAAGGACCAAACGCGAUGUACGUGAAACUGGUCAGUAGCGAUGGCCACGAGUUUAUUGUUAAACGGGAACACGCGUUAACGAGUGGUACUAUCAAAGCAAUGUUAAGCGGUCCUGGUCAGUUUGCGGAAAAUGAAGCUAAUGAAGUCAAUUUCCGAGAAAUUCCGUCUCAUGUACUACAAAAGGUUUGCAUGUAUUUUACUUACAAAGUGCGCUACACAAACAGCAGUACAGAAAUACCGGAAUUUCCUAUUGCGCCCGAGAUCGCUCUGGAAUUAUUGAUGGCCGGCAAUUUCUUAGACUGUUAAACAUCAUCCAUAGAAGUGUACCGGCUCUCACUGGCAAUUGAAGUAUAGGAACAAUGCAACGCUUUCUUCACUAUGUUUUAAGAUGCGUCUAUUACAUUGUGAUACUUGAAAGAUCGUAUCGGAGCAUAAUCGAUCGCUUUGGACUCAUAUUCGUGACAUGAACAUUUUAGUGCGACGAGACAACCCAUUGUCGAAGUUUUAUAGUUACGAAACCUGAAAUAUUCCGUUUGUGUUAUGCUUCGUAAUUUAUAUGAUCAUCGAUACGUAAUUAAUAACUGUAACACAAAGCAAUUACUGAUAAACAAUUUACCACUUACAAUCUUUCUCCUAGUAAUUCUUAUUACUUUUUAGUAAAUUACACACAUAUACAAUCUGUUACAUACUUGAACUAUUUCAGUAAAUUAUUGUUAUCUAAGAUUAGAAAUAAAUUCACUUUAUACACG